AUGGAUCUGAUGGAUCCGAUGGAUCCAAUGGAUUUUAGUUAUAUAAAAAAAAAAAUGGAUCUGAUGGAUCCGAUGGAUCCAAUGGAUACAUUGGAUUUUAGUUAUAUAAAAAAAAUGGAUCCGAUGGAUCUGAUGGAUCCGAUGGAUCCAAUGGAUUUUAGUUAUAUAAAAAAAAAUGGAUCCGAUGGAUCUGAUGGAUCCGAUGGAUCCAAUGGAUUUUA